AUGGUGUCCAUCAUCAACAUGCGCGUGUCUGCCACCACCCUUCUUGCGCUCCCGCUGCUCGCGACAGCGGCCGAGUCGCCCUUUGAGCAGUACAAGGCGCAGUUCCAGAACUUCCUGAGCUCCUUUGGCGCCUCCGCGCCCAGCGCUGAGAAGGCGGCCGCCCCCGAGGCCGCCGUGCCUGAUGCGACCGCUGUCGACAAGAAGAUCUCCGUCUUGACCGUCGAGAACUGGAAGGAUGUUCUCUACGAGCCCGUCAAGGCUGAUGCCACUACCCCUGAGGAGUGGUGGGUUCUGAUCACUGGUCGUAACAAGACCUGCUUCGGCCACUGCGAUAAGAUCGAGACUGCCUUUAACGAGUCUACCAUCAAGUUCGCCAAGCUUCCCGAAUCCCCUCACCUGGGUCUCCUUAACUGCGAUGACCAGCCCGUCCUCUGCAACGCGUGGUCUGCCGGCACCGCCUCCAUCUGGUCUAUCGGUCUGUUGCCCCCUGGAGCCGACGUCGAUGUCUACAGGAAGCGCCUGAACAUCACCACCACCACCUCGGACGACAUUGUCGACCUAUGGAAGGCGCAGUCCAAGGAGGAGUGGAUCCUGACGGAUAACAUUUUCCACCCCUUCAACAGCUGGAUCGCCAAGAACAACCUGUCUGUCCCCGUUGGCUACGUCUUCUGGGCCUUUAACCUGGUCCCCAACUGGCUCUUCAUGAUCCUCGUCUCCUUUGGCAGCCGUACCCUGAUGAACCGCCGUAUGGGCAACACCUUUGACAACCGCGCCGCUGCCGCUGCUGGCGGUGCUCCUCCCGCUGCUGCCGCCCCUGCUGGUGGUGUUGCGCGGUAA